UCAUCAUCAUCAUCAUCAUCGGGGAUGAAGGUGGCAGGAGAGGCGUCCGAAACCGACAGCGAGGAUGAGGAAGAGAGAGCUCGCAGACUAGCCUCUGAAAGCCAUCAACAGAUGCUCCGCAAAGACCUGCCGCCUCUCAUCGUGAUCAGAAACACACCUGCUACUGCGUCUGGACAGGAGGACAAAUCGUCGCCUGUGUCCAGACCUGACUCAUGUAGGUUUAACACGUUACUCCAGCAGAAACUGCAGGAGAGCAAUGCGCGGUUGUGCGCGGAUGUCAAUCAAAGCCUGAAACAGGUGUAUCAGAACGCUGCAAGGGAUGUAAGACAGGCCACCGCUCACCUCAACAACUCUCAGACAGGCAUCAUCAACGCGUCCCACAGCAUUAGACUCAUACUAGAGGACCUGAAGUCAGUGUCUGAGAAGAUCGACAUCAUU